AUGUUAUCGAGAAGAAACAUCGGAGUGUACGUACGUAGCACAAAAUACUGCUCUGUCGAACGUAGCAAAGCAACUCUCCCGGUAAUACCGCAAAAUAAAACCAUCCUCACCAUCAAGCCCCAUCCUCUCAAGGUGGGAGAAUUGCUUAAAUUAUGGGAAUCCAUAGGAAAGUCUUUAAAUUUAUUAUCGGGGCCAAAAAAGUGUGCCGAAGACUGGCGAAGGUACUUUGUAGAGUGGAAGUCUCGAACGCGUAAAAAGGCAAGGGAUUUCAAAGUAGAGGCGCAGGCCACGGGUGGUGGACCCAAUUCUGCAAAGCCUUUAACUGAACUGGAAGAAAAAUUAAUGGGUUUACUGGGAUGGGUGUCAGCGCAAGGCUACCAAGACAUUCCAGAGGAACAAGAAAUUCAAGAAAAACCGAAAGAAAACGAAAAUUCAAAUUUUUCUAGGGUGCUUCAAAUUAAUGAAAGCUAG